AUGAUGGUGAACGUCCAGCACCGCAGCGCCCAGCUGAUGAAAGCCCUGGUGCUGCUGUCAAAGCAGUACCCCAUCAUCGACGUCAGGGGCCGUGGCCUGAUGGUCGGGGUCGAGUUCGGGGGCACUGACGGCGGCAGGAGGGCCGAGAAGGGCGUCGCAUUGGCCGUCCAAAAGGCAGCUUUCAAGCGCGGAGUCAUGCUCAUGCCCGCGGGCGCCCGCGAGGCCAUGCGGUUCCUGCCCGCGCUCAACAUCAGCGAGGAGGAGAUCGUUUUGGCCCUGGAGGCUUUUGAGGGGGCGCUGCAGGAGGUCUUCGGGCCCCCUAAGGACUACGACAACUUGGUAGAGUUGGUGGAGUGA